UUCCCCUUGCUAGGGGCCCCCGACACAUUCAUACUGCUGCGCACGAGACAGCUGGUGGUUUCCUGCGGCAUAGACGGGAUCAGGAUUCAGGAACAACCAACAGAGCCUGCUAUAUGCACCUCCCAGUUAUUACUAACUGGCGGAGAUGGGACGCAAACCCGCACCACAGCCGCUGACACUGGCUGAUACCGCUGCCUCGGGCGAAGAUCCGCCCGCUGGUGAAACCCUCCCGAUUUCUUCGACACCCGACUCCACCUCUUCCAGGUCUCCCCGUUCUCCGUUCAGGUUUGCUCAGAAAAAGCCACAGAAAGUCGGAGGGAGACAACCUCUACAGGCUCCCGACGUCUCACCGCAGCAGCAACAGCUGCCGGAAGAAACCCAAUACCCCCCCAUAUCCUCGGCACUCUACCAAGAACAGCAACAACAGCAACAACAACAUCAUCAUCAUCCCGACAACCCCUCGAACCAGCUGCGCCAGCAGCAGCAGCAGCAGUUCCAGCACCAGCAACAGCACCAGCAACACGGCCACAGUCAUCGUCGCAAAGUCGAGGACAAGGGGUCUAAGUCGGGCUUCUUCCACCACUUCACCAAGUCAGCCGAUCGCCUCCAUACCCACCAGCAGGCAGGAUCUCGAAGCGAGAUUAUGUCAAGGGACACCGACCGCCCAGCCACAUCAAAACAGAAUCUCAAGCAAGCAGGUAAGAAAGCCGCCAACCGUUGCGACCUCCGCAGGGUCGAAGGUAGACCGUACGCGCAAGCUGGGCGAUCUGACACUGAUGAACACUCUCUAGUGCCUGCUUAUCCCGACCAGGUGGCCCAGAAAACUUUCCCAUCGACAGCUUCCAAAUCCGACCUCUCCCUCGUCUACUCAAACGAUCACGACGACCCCAACGGCGUGAAGAAAGAUAAACAGAAGCAUUUUCCCCUUUUGAACCGGACGAGAUCUAUCAAGGAGAAGGAUAAUUCCAGUCCGCAGGGUCACGUUCCAGUUGCGAUAAACGUGACCGAACCAGAGAGCGCACACUACCGCGGCCCUCCUUCCCUCAGGACUGCCCCAAUCCAUGCGCACGACCGAUCAUUCAGAGAAAUGAUGUCAUCCGCGGUGAGGAAUCACUCGGCCGAGCGGCCUCAGGGCAGGGACACAUACGGCAACAAGGGAAGAGAUCAUGAUAGGGAUCAUCAUGGCAGAUACCAACCCUCCUUUAGGGAAAACGGAGGCUCGACAUUUUUCAAUGGACUGAGGAGCUCGUCUAGCAAAGCAGCAGACUUGAUCAGCAAAGGCCUCUUUGGCAAACCAGCGAGGAGUGGUAGUACCACCGAGAGGGAACCAAUCGUGGACGAUGAGCAUUACGUUCUGAAAGUCAUCAAUCUGCCCCUUGUUGAGCAGACGCGCCGUACCCGAAUUUCGAAGAGGCUGGAAGAUUCACGGGACAAGACCGAGUUCUGGAUGCCUGCUUUCCCCUGGAGAGCCAUCGACUACCUCAACUACAAGGGCAGCGAUGUCGAGGGCCUGUAUCGAGUCCCGGGAAGUGGCCCGCAGAUCAAGAAAUGGCAGCGCAAGUUCGAUGAAGAGGGUGAUGUGGAUCUCUUUCUCCAGAAAGAUCUCUACGACAUCAACAUCAUCGGCUCAAUGCUGAAGGCAUGGCUGCGGGAACUGCCCGACGAACUCUUCCCCAAGGAUGCUCAAGACAGAAUCGCAAGAGAAUGCGUGGGCUCGGAGACGGUCCCACAGCUCUUGAUCGACGAGCUCUCCAACCUCACGCCAUUCAACUACUAUCUCCUCUUUGCGAUAACAUGCCACUUGAGCCUUCUGCUCGCUCACUCGGACAAGAACAAGAUGGACUUUCGCAAUUUAUGCAUUUGCUUCCAGCCCUGCAUGAAGAUUGAUGCCUUCUGCUUCAAGUUUUUGGUAUGCGAUUGGAGAGACUGUUGGAAAGGUUGCAAGAACGAAGCGAAGUUCAUCGAGGAGGAGUACGCGUUGUUUGACCAGACGCCUCCUCGGAGACUUGAGGACCCCUAUGGAACUAGCCCUGAAAGGGGGGUGGAAGAUCGCAAUGUAUCCUCCUCGGACAGCAGCAAACAGUCGAACCGCAGCGCGGACAACCGAAAACCUCGACUGAAGAAGAAGGCGCUGCCUGCGAUCGAGAAUGCCAGUGUUGAGGCAAACUCAACGGUUUCGACGACCGUCACCAUACAUAGCGGGCGAGAGACACCAUCUCGAAGGUCCGGAGAUCUUCGCCCGUUGUCCCCUAUCCAGCCACUGUCGCCUUUGGGCUUCUGAGCCGGGGGGGUUUACAGGCAAUCCCUUGACACUCCGAACCUCUUGAUUUUGGCGAGUCGGUCAUUUCGCUAUAAAUGACCGACUGGCCCACUCCAGUAUACUUACGACAUGACGCCACUGACGACUUUCCUUUGUCUUGAUCGAUUUGACUCGAUCUUCCGUCACUUCGACUGCACGACAUAGCCCUACC